AGUGGGUUGCGAUGUCCUUUUGUGUCCUACAGCCGGAGCGAGGAGCCAGCGCGCAGCCCCAGUCUAUGGCCCGGCCGGUGCCCGGCGCGCGGGGCCCCUGAGCCGCCUGCUCGCACGCAGCAGCCGCCGGAGCGAGGAGCCCUUGUCUGCCGCCAAGCCUCUUCCAACCAUGUCGUCCCGGGAACGCCGAGCUGAAUUUUUCAUCAAAACAGAGCCUGCCUCCCCAGACAGCUUAGCUCAACAUAGUCCAAGUGGUUCUUCUGACACCAGUGCCAGCGGGCCUCCCCAGGAGCUUGAGAGUACCGGACCACUGCCUGUUGGGACAGGGGCAUCCCGUCGCCGCCACGACGAUGAUGCAGAUGACCCCCCCGGGCGGGGCAAAUACAUGCUGAGUUCUAUGCCCAAGCGGCUCUGCUUGGUGUGUGGGGAUGUCGCCUCGGGGUAUCACUACGGUGUGGCAUCGUGUGAAGCAUGCAAGGCGUUCUUCAAGCGAACCAUACAAGGCAGCAUUGAGUAUAGCUGUCCAGCCACCAAUGAGUGUGAGAUUACAAAGCGGCGUCGGAAGGCUUGUCAGGCGUGCCGUUUCACCAAGUGCCUGCGUGUAGGCAUGCUCAAAGAAGGGGUACGUCUAGACCGGGUGCGAGGAGGGCGGCAGAAGUACAAGCGUCGACCUGAGGUAGAAGGUGCCACCUACCCCAGCGCCUUUGUCACCCCGCAGAUUGCCGCGGCAACCACCAAGAAACCAGCCCCAAUGAACACGAUGGUGUCACACUUGCUGGUGGCGGAACCCGAAAAGCUGUAUGCCAUGCCUGAUCCUGCACUUCCUGACGGUCCCGCCAAGGCUGCAAGCACUUUGUGUGAUCUGGCUGACCGGGAGAUUGUGGUCAUCAUUGGCUGGGCCAAAAACAUACCAGGAUUUCCAGCACUCUCCUUAGCAGACCAGAUGUCCGUACUGCAGAGCGUAUGGCUGGAGGUCUUGCUGCUUGGGGUGGCCUGGCGCUCACUGCCCUGCGAAGAUGAGAUUGUCUUUGCUGAGGACUUUGCAUUAGAUGAGGAAGCUGCUCGGGCAGCGGGCCUGCUGGAGCUCAGCGGCGUGGUCUUACAGCUGGUGCGCAAAUACCGUGCCCUGCGCCUGGAGCGUGAAGAGUACGUGCUUCUCAAGGCGUUGGCACUUGCUAACUCGGAUUCUGUGCAUAUUGAAGACAUGGCUGCUGUGCAACGGCUCCGGGAUGUGCUACAUGAGGCACUGCUGGAAUAUGAAGCAUCACGGCGUCCCGAGGAACCCCGCCGCGCCGGACGCCUCCUCCUAACCCUGCCCCUGCUCCGGCAGACGGCCACUCGCGUCCUCCACCAUUUCUACAGCCUCAAGUUGGAGGGCAAAGUUCCCAUGCAUAAGCUUUUCCUGGAGAUGCUGGAGGCCAUGAUGGACUGAAGGACAGGCCGCAGGGUGCAGGAUUGGGGGUGGGGAGAACAAAGGUCCUUGGGAGUGCAGCGAGGCAGGCAAGGGAUCAGGGACAGGAGGAGAGGGAAAUGGACUUCAGGCCUGGAUCGGGUUCCCCAUCCCGCCGAAUCCUGGCCGCCACUCAUCUGCAUAUGUUAAUACAUUUCAAAAUGUAUGCAAAUGUUAAUAACCGCCCACUGCUUUGCACUGAGGCUAACGGAAACGGACCCAGCUGCAAGCUGAGAGGAAGAACUGUUUUAAAACUGGGCCGGCAGCAAACCCUUCCCACACAUAGCUGCGGGACUGAGAGUGGGGGAGGGACGUGAAGAAAGUUUGGACAGUCACACUGGAAGCCAUAUUUUAAUUUAUUGAUGCAGGGGAGGGUGGCGGGUGGGAAUUAGCUACUGUAGAACUAGCCUGGAAGCCAUAUUGGAUUUGAGUGGCAUGAAGAUGUGGGGUGGGAGAGGGAAUGUCACUUAUUGUGUGGGGGGAUGACCUCCUCCUUUUCCCCCAGGAGUCUGGAAAGGGAGAUAGCCCCCCGCCCCCAGUGCUAUUCAUAUUGACCGACAGCCCCUCCUUAACUCCUGUUCUGUUUUCCCCUGGGCUGGGCCCAACCACAUGCACCUUAAGGGGCAGGGAGGGGGUUAAAUAAAAGAGGUUAAUAGCUCCAGAAAUGAUGAGGGGAGACAAAAAGGACCAGAGUAGGGCAUGGGCGGGGCGGUGACACCUUUGCCUUUUCUUUUUGGUCUCUAUCAGGCGUCUCUGGAAGAGAUGGAGAAAUGCCCUCCCCUCAUUCUUGACAGUCCCCCAAACCCCUACCACCAUCCUACUGCCGAGAAUGUUGCAUUGUCACUUUUAAGCAAUAAAUUAAUCAAAUACUUGUGGGGGGGCGUCUCUCUCAUGCAGAGGAAGAAGGCAGUAUCCUGUCUCAUGGUUUGUGGGGAGCCUGCCUUAAGAUUUAAAGAUUGGGGGGGGGGGGUUGCUGUGUCAGCAAAGGCUUUUGUGCUCCAUCCAGCAGUUCCCUUGUAGCAAUAGUUGAAAAGGCAAUUAUGCUUUUUUUUCAGGGCCAAUUUCUUCUUCCUCCUCCCCCCACUGCCAUAACAGGCUAAGCAGCUAUUCUUUCUCCCCCACCCCACCCCACCCAGGCCAAUCAAGCCAACUCCACCUUCUGCCCAAAGCAAUAAACCCCACCCUUCUGACCCACUAAACUUAAGAAGGGAGGCUGCAUGGCCUAAAGCUGAGAGCCGUGUACAUAGCAAUAUAUUUUACUGUAUAUUUGUUGCAGGAAACUAAAUCUACCCCAUUUCCGGCUCACUUCCCCUUCCCAAGGGUGGGGCUGCAGCCUCCCUGGCCCUGCCCAGGGUGGGUGGGGGGAGUUAGGAGAAGUUGGAGGAAUUUUUUUUAAAUUAAAUUAUGUGUGUGUACAUAUUAUAAAUACCUCUGAUUCGUGUGUAGGCACCUGCACAUACACAUACAUAGAGAGCUCUUAUUACCGAACAAAUUAAAGAGGCUACCACAGCCUAACAAAGAGUC